GACGCAGAGCGGUCACCAAAACGACAGCGCUUCAAUUCAUAUUCCCCGGCCUCGCCUGCUCCUCCUGAAACGACCACUUUCGCGAAUCCCCAGACUCCGCCUCCGUCUGUGCGGAUGUCUCCGUCAUGGCAGUCACAAAACAGCGCUUCACACAAAAGGACUUAUGACCAAAGCAUUGCCGAUGAUGCUAGUAUCCCAACCCCGCCUAGCACUGCUGGACUGUUAGGCCAAGCUGGAUUUCGGGGCAUUGCUGGCGACGGAGGAGAGGAUCCGGAGUCACAGAAUUCGGCAACAGGACCGGCGCGAGAGAAUAGGGCUGAUCAUAGAGCUGUCAAGGCGAUGGAGUCGGAGGAUACGGUCAUGUCAGAUGCACCUUCAGUCGACGCGGAGAACAGACGAACAGAUCACGAGAGGCAUCAGGCCCAAGGAGAGUCGUCAAAAGCGCCCGUUAGCCAUGCUAAAGCGCUUUACAAAAUUUCCGCAACUCCAAUCCUCCGUUCGCAGCCACACGCCACUCAAAACGUCAUAUCACUUUACAAUUUGCAGGACAUCCAAGCAUCUGUGGCCCGCAAGGAUCCCAUCACCGGAGCCAAGAUCAACCGCCUCAGAAAAUCCUAUGAGGGUAAACUUAAGCUUCUUGGGUUAGAGGGCCGCAACAAGGCUCAGGCGAACCAGCGAGAGCUCGAGGGCCUUGCCGAAGAGGCAUGGGAUGACCCGCAACCAGAUGGCCGAACCUAUUUCGACAUGUGCUUUGAAGGAAUCGAAAUUGGCAACGAGGCCGCCGAAACGAAUUUACUGGCAUCUCUCUCAUCCGCCUUUUCCUUCAACGUGGGUCGCCUGCCUGGUAAAGACCACGACGAAUGGAAGAACCUUCUCGGCCUGGACGAUGCAAGUGCAGCCACAAGUGGCAAAGCAACGCCUGCGCAUAACGGCGUGAGACCUACGGCGGCGGCAGCAGCGAUCAUCAAGACCGCACCUAACACUGCUGUGCGCAAUUCCGCUCCGGCAUCCCCAGCUAACCUCGCCGGCCGACCGGAUCGGACCAAUAAGCGCCGUCGGUACGAUGACAGUAGUUUCGAGGGUUAUGAAGAAGAUGGCUAUAGCACUGGCGGUGUGGACGACACUGGACGGCGAGUCUCAGGGAGUCAGAAGCGCCAGAAACGAAAGGUGAGUGUAUCACGUUAGCGUUCAGCGCAUACUUCGGGAUAGGCUCGAGGUGGAUUUCCGCGUAUACCGAUGGGUGGAAAUUUUCCCACCUGAACAUGGCAUGGUUGUUUGGAUCUUUGCGUAUUCGACGACUCGUUGCGCACAUCCGGUAUCUUCGUCACGACCUGACAACGGUGAUAUGAGUCUUCUCGGCCGCCAUCACAGCACGUACAGCCAUAUUGUCCAUCGGCCACUGCCUCCGUUCUUCAUCACGAACUCUUUCGAAUCGAAGUCUAAUUUCUCUUCUUCCACAGGACUUCCCUUCUGCAGGCAAUUCUCCUGCAUUCGGUAACGGCAAUAGUGGCGGUAUGGUUGGCGUCAGGACUUCAUGAUCACACUGCAUUUCGACAGCACCGACACUACCUUUCUUGACU